CAGCUACCAAGCUCGAACUGUCCUCUCCUCCCCCACCCAACACUCUUUCCUUCGUCUUCCUCGUUCCUGUUCUUCUCCUACCUUCUGCAAAUUGCAAAUUUAGCAGUUAGCAGUCGUAUCCUUCGGCCAUUUCUAUUGGAUUCUCGUUGUUUUUGUGUGUAAAUCAAUAGCAGUCAUGUCGGCUUAUUAUUACUCUGGGUGCCCAGGUAACUACGAGGCUCACUAUCUCGAUGCCUGCUCCCUUUGCCGCAAGUCGCUUCAUAAUUCGGAUAUUUUCAUGUACAGAGGGAAUACACCGUUUUGCAGCAAAGAGUGUAGGCAAGAACAGAUGGAGAUGGAUGAAGCUAGAGAAAAGAACUGGAAAUCUGGUAGAUCUCUUAGAAAAUCGGAUGCCAAGAAAACUGUACGGACGGGCACGGUUGCCGUGGCCUGAAGAAUCAAAUCACAUCUUGCUUGUUCUAGCAUAGUGAUUUACAUCAAUUUUGAAUGAAAAACAGAGAGAAGAAGAAGAAGAAGAACAAAGCUUCGAGGGAAUUUUGUAUUUUUGGUUUUGCUUUUCUUUUCUUUUUUUUAAUUCUGGGUUUGAAGGAUGAGGUGUGGAUGUUUAUACAAAAAGGGGCACCGGAUUGUGCAGCUUUUCGUUAAUGGAUAAAUUGUUUAAAAACCUGUCAAAUUUCCUGAUAAUCCUGAAAUUUUAUUGAGGCAAUGAAGUUUCAAAGAGACUUCUUUUGGCAA